UAAAACGUAAUUUUACGAAGAUAGACUUCGCAAAAAAGGCAUAAACACAGCAAAGCCAUCAGAUUUCGAAAUUUAAUAUAAAAACCUCAAAUAAAUCUUAAAACUACAUCAGUUAUUUUUAGGAGAUCACAGAACAAAAACAAACUGAAGAUGAAAUAUUUCAUACUCCUUGCCCUGUUGGCCUUUGCUGCCGCCUCCGACGAUGAGGUCCAUGCCGAAAUCAAGGAACUUAAAUCCGAUGUCCGUCCCGAUGGUUUCGAUUUUGUUUUGGACACCAGCAACAGCAUCCAUCAGGAGGCUGCCGGCGAUGAACAUGGCAAUAUGCACGGUUCCUAUGAGUAUGUCUCACCCGAAGGUGAACACAUCAAAGUGACCUAUGUGGCCGAUGAGAAUGGUUAUCAUCCCGAAAGUGAUAUCCUACCAACACCACCACCAAUUCCAGAGGCCAUUCUCAAGGCUUUGGAAUACAUCAAGGCCCAUCCACCAGCAGCUGAUCCAGAACAUUAGGGCUCCGAGUUGGGGAGAGGAUUUUGUAUAUAUUAACCUGUAUAUAUGUGAACGAUGCUUUGAAUAAAGAGUUGAAAAACAACUGCCAAAAAAACCAAAAAAAAAAAAAAUCUGGAAA